UUUUAUUUUGGAGGGAACACGAAACUUCGAGCCGGAAAGGGUAAUAUGUAGGUCGUACCGUGUUGUCUGGAGGAGUCUAUGACUUCCUAAAAUAAAACGGUCUGAGAAAUGCGUUCACUUUUACCUACAGUGGCUGAACAACUUUUCCAAGAUAUCCAGAAAUCAUACCAGGAAACGUCUCAAAUUCCCGAUGACCUGCUUAUUGCGCUGAAGUUUGUCUUCGGCCCUUGUGCUCUACAGGCUUUGGACCUGGUCGACCAACGUUCAGUCACCUGUCUGUCAUCUCCUAGUGGACGCAAGGUCUUCCAGGUAAUGGGAGGAUCAGGGCGUUUGUACACUUGUUUUGUCUCCUGUCACUAUUGCCCAUGCCCAGCCUUCGCUUACACUGUGCUCCGCAGAAAUGAAGGCCUGCUGUGCAAACACAUCCUGGCUGCCUACCUUUUUCAGGCCAUGGGUGUGACUCAGCAGGACAGUGUGUCUGAUCAGCAGAUGUCCAUGCUGCUCAGCGGGACAGCAGCCCCCUGACCCCAAGGUAUGUUCACUACCAAGCACAGCAGCUGCACCAGCACAACUGUCCCCAAAGGCACAGCACGAAACCCUCCUGAAUGAGAGUCCACAUUUCAAACGGACAUUUUGGGCCACUGCAGAGAGGACUGAAGCACGGGCACAGCACCAUGGUUCCUGAUCCUUCGUAUAUCUCUCUGAAGGACAGCAGAUGUUGCUUUGUUUAUUUACCUUUUUGAAGAGUUUAUUAAUCUGUUUCCAGGGAAAUUACAUCUGUUCAUUGACUGUGCUGCUUUAUUUUUAGUUUAUUUUGAUCUGAUUUCACAUUAAUUGCAUGUGAGUCUGCAUGUUGAAGUUACUUCAGAAAUAUUUUGAAAAACAUGAAUAAAAUUCAUCCUGUGUAUCUUUUCUAAAUAUGAAUUGUCAUGACUUCAAAUGGAAAUUUUAGGAAUAAAGAG